AAACGGACGAUACACGAGGGCUCGUUCGACACGGGCCAUCGGCAUCCGCCAAAUACCUUUAAUUGAUAUCAGCAAAGCCACAAUACGCUUGCCGUCGCACGAGACGCUAAGUAAUCUAUAAUGUCAACCGCGCGACCUGGAGACUACUCGCUCGGGUAUGUCUCGCAUCCCCCCGGUCAGCCGCGGUCCACGUCGCCAUCAGCCAAUAAUUCGCCCAUCGAGCAUCCCUCGAACGGCAGCUCCCGACCAUCUUUCGGAAUCGUUGGAGGUCUAUCUUCAUCCAGCAUCAUGUCAGGGAAUUCGCGCUCUGGAGCUGGUUCUCCGUCGCACGACCUCGGUGGAUCGAGCAGGCUCUUUUCGAAGCGGGCUCGAGAAAUUCAAGCGCAGGAAGGUGUCUCGGGCAUGCCGCUUAACCCUUGGGGCGGCCCCCCAACGAGCGGAAACUCGACGCCUCUCCGUGAGAACAUUCCCGAAUCCCCAACGGAUGGCUUCCCAGACUUCGGACAUCUCCCUACUCCGGAAAGCCUUUUACAGCCCCGUCGAGCACGUGCUGGCACUGUACCUUCUCGAUUUCCCGGCGGUGGUCCUGGAACUGGUCACUUGGCUCCUCCUGGACUCGGUGCACAAUCAGCGCGCAACACACCAUCGCAAACUCCCUACAACAAAUCGCCAUCACCAGGGCUCGAACUGAACGACGCGCCAUCGGGUGGCUCAGCUUUGCUAUCGAGACUGCGCGCAGGGUCUAUGCCACAGCGAUCCCAGUUCGCUCCUGUACCGGCUGGCUCCUCCCCGUUUGGACCUUCAAUCUUCAGCAGCUGGAAUCCUUCGCACGUAGGUCGCGAGAGAGGCUCAACUCUUGCCAGUAUCGCGAGUGUGCCCUCCAACGGACCAAGCUCGCCAUCACAGUCUCAGUUUUCCCGAGAGGGCGGAAACGAGUCUGACGUGCACAUGCGAACGCUGGACUAUCUUGGACUCGCCGGAACACCACAGCCUCCGCGGGCGACUAUGUCCACAAUGGCCCAACCUAGCCUCCACUUCUUAAAGCAAGCCAACCGCAUCCGCUCUUAUUCUGUUAACAACAAAGAUGUCCAUGCCGACGAAUACCCGGAAGAUGGAUACGAGACAGACACCUUGGGCAUGGACGGCCCUCAAUACGUGUCGCAGAUGCACGACAAGCUAGCGCAGGAAGUCGCUGCUAACAACGCUGCCAUUCGCUAUCACAACGCACAAGUCCAAGCACUGAACGACCAGCGGUCCGCCACUCGUCGCCGCGCCCACACUACUAAUGUUCUCGACGGGCCCGGGGCUCACUUGAUGAGCCACUACUUUGCCAACGAUAUGCCAACUAUACCCUCACUCAGUGGUAGUAGCUUGAGGUUACAGGAGGAACACAAUGACCUCCCGCAGGCUGUCGCCAACAUGAGCCUCCACCGCUCCAACAGCCACAACAAUGGCUUACUUGGCGUCAACGAGGGUGGGCUCGAGGGUCCGACCAAUGCUCUGUGGCUUGGCAACGUUCCUCUGUCUACGACAAACACAACUUUGGCCGAGAUGUUCAAGAUCCAUGGUCCUGUGAAAUCAGCAAGAGUGUUGACAAACAAGAACUGCGGAUUCGUCAAUUUCGAAAACGUCGAGAGCGCUAUUGCGGCCAAGGCUGCCAUGAAUGGGAAAGAGAUAUUCCCUGGGGCCAGUCCCGUCCGUAUCAACUUUGCAAAGCCUCCAUCGCCCUCUGCCACUCCCGGCCAUGAUGGUGUUUACCCAUCCCCCAGCCCAGAUCCGUUGCAAGGCCGCACGUCUAGCCAGGCCAAUACCGGCGCCACCGCUGAGGCGUCCUCGCUUGCUCCUCCAUCCGACGAGGCGCCCACGCCUCCGGUGCUUCAAGACAUUGCCAACGACAUUCUCGGAAUGAUCAAAGAUCUUGGUGCCACCAAUGAGGAUGUCGCACGCAGCUCAGGGGUGCUGGAGAAGGCCAUCGCCUACAACGACUACAUUGACGAAAUUCCCCCUGUGCGAGAGGCGACUCAAGCUCGGGUCCAUGAUGCCCCCAAGCUGCGAGAGCUCCGCAAGCGCAUCGACAACCAAAGCCUGACGGUCUCGGAAAUAGAAGAAGCGGCCAUCGACAUGCUUCCCGAGAUUGCCGAGCUGUCGUCUGAUUAUCUGGGCAACACUGUUGUUCAAAAACUGUUCGAUCAUUGCUCCGACAAUGUCAAGGACCAAAUGCUGGCCCAGGUCGCUCCUCAUCUAGCCGUUGUUGGUUGCCACAAAAACGGCACAUGGGCUGCUCAGAAGAUUAUCGACGUUUGCAAGUCUGCACACCAAAUGGCGACCAUUACUGAGAACAUCCAUCCCUACACCUUGCCCCUCUUCCUGGACCAGUUCGGCAACUACGUUGUUCAAGGUUGUCUCAAAUUUGGCACUCCGUACACGGAGUUCAUCUUUGAAACGAUAAUGGCGCGCAUGGCGGAACUGUCGUCCGCUCGCUUCGGCGCCCGUGCUAUGCGAGCCUGUCUCGAAAGCCACCAUGCCACCAAGGAGCAGCAGCGACUGCUGGCGGCCCAAAUUGCGAUUCACAGUGUUCAUCUUGCGACCGACCAGAAUGGCGCCCUUCUCCUCACAUGGUACCUUGAUACGUGCACGCUGCCACAGCGCCGCACAGUUCUAGCCCCCCGCCUAGUGCCGUAUCUGGUUCACCUUUGUACGCACAAGGUGGCUUACCUGACCGUGCUCAAGGUCGUCAACCAAAAGGCUGAGCCUCAAGCUCGCGACACCAUGCUGGAGGCCAUGUUCUUCAACGAGCCGGUUCUCGAAGCUAUCCUCCGCGAUUCCAACUAUGGGGCGACCCUCAUUUUCAAAGUCCUCACCACGCCAUUCUUCAAUGAAGAGUAUCGCGUCCAGUGUCUCGAGUCCAUCAAGACAACUUUGAUUCGCAUCAAGGCGCAGCCCAACCAGGGCUACAAGCGUCUUAUGGACGAGGUUGGCCUUUCAACACGGACCGGACCGGGAAGCAGGGAGUCUAGCGCCCAUCCUGAACAACGACAGCGUCCCAAUUCGAGGCAUACCAACUCCAACGGACACCACGCGGCUCAAGGCGGUGGCAAGGGUCAGUACUACGGCGGACAAGGCCCACACGGCAGCUAUGACGGUGGCUUUGGGCCUCAGCGCAGUGAUAUGGGCGAGCCAAUGGCCGGCUACCCUCAGAUGAAUCAGCCCAUGAUGCCGACUGGUAACAGUGGAAUGCCCCCAGGCAUGAUGCCGUAUCAGCAGAACAUGCUGGGCCGCGGCGGCCCAGCGAUGAAUUACGGGUAUCAAACGACACCCGGAGGCUAUGGUGGCUACGUCAAUGGCCCCAUGGCAGUGCCUCCGGGUGGUCCCAUGAAUCAGUCUGUGCCUCAGAUCCCACAAGGUCCGGCAGCGGGCAAUUACGCAACUCCCCCGCCUGGGUUUGGGAUGUCCAUGGGCGCUGGCUACGGAUACGGCAAUGCCGGCGGCAUGCGGAAUGUGGGCGGUUAUGGCCAGCAGGGCCAGGGCGGCAGACGGAACCAGCGAUGAGACGAAAAGUUCUCAGCGAAAUCAUUACUACUGAAUUAUAGUUAGAAUCUUCACUUCCUCUUGGCUCUUGCCCUCUUACGACUGAACGACACUUCCUGCUAUUAUUUGGCUGAGCUGGGCUAUAACUCCGGCCACGCCUUUCAUCACUGCAGAGACCUCGCUGGUCUUCUGACGUGUGCUUCAACAGUUUUCAAUUUUUUUACUGUUCGACCGUUGCUUACGUUGAGAGGACCUGGCGUGGUCGUGUGAUCAGGGGAACUUGUCAU